ACUCAGAGAAGUUCGUCCAAGAGAUUGUCCCACGAUUGAACGAGAACGAUGAAAUCAUGGUGAGCUACGGCGUAAAGGACCUCUUCACCAGCAUCCCUGUCGAUAUUGUAAUCGACCUGGUCGAAGAACAACUGACAACAGACCUGGACCUUAAAAACAAAACACCUUUCUCGAUGACUUCGAUUCUCAAACUGCUCAGGAUCAGUCUCAUCGGUUUCAAUUACUUUCAGUUCAAUGGCGAAUUAUAUCGUCAGUACAAAGGAAUCCCUGUAGGAUCACCUCUGUCCCCUGCUUUGGCUGAUAUAUUUAUGGAACAUCUAGAAUACUUGGCCUAUCCAACCUUUUUCAAAAGGUACGUUGAUGACAUAGUUGCCCUCUGUAAAAAUGGAACUGAAACACCGUUCUUGAAACAUCUAAACAGCCUAUUACCAAGCCUCAUCGUUUUCGCCAUAGAGAAAGAACAAAAUGGUACCCUACCUUUCUUGGAUGUGCGAAUAAGACACCAGCAGCAGGGAUAUUUGACCUCGGUGUUUCGCAAAAAGACGCAUACUGAUAAAUAUCUACAUCACUCUUCUAAUCGUUCAGAUUGCGUAAAGAAAGGUAUCGCCAGUACUCUUCUCCAAAGAGACCGGAAGAUAUGUACUACUGAUUAUGAUUUCCGCUAAGA